AUGGUAGGCAGUGAGUUUCUGACGAGUUUGGCGAAACUGGUUGCUGUACCCUGUGUGUCGCCGUCUUUGCCACCGCUGGGAGAAACAGCGUGGGAGAGAAACCGGGAACGGGAACGGGAAAGGGUUCGAGAGAGGAGCACGGAGAACGAGCACAGGGAACGGCAGCAGGAGAGAGAAUCUGGGAUCAGGGAGAGGGAGCCGCGAGAUCGAGAAAAGGAACGAGAUCGUGAUAGGCAGAGGGAUAGGGAAAGGGACAGAGAGAGGGACGUGUCUGUCCGCAUGAUGGAACCUCUCGACCCUGUCUUCGUUUCCUCCUCGGCGGCCCUCCUAGCGUUGCAGAGGAUAAAGGAAACGUCCCUGGUGUUCCACAAGCGUCCCGCGUUGGCGAGCGGCAUCGGGAUCGGUGGAAGAGGAAACGCUGGUGUCGGAGGGAAUGGCGCUAGUUUAGCGGUGGACAACGAAUGCGGAGACGCGCUCAAGAGACGCAAGGUUCACAGAUGCGACGUGGCGGGCUGCGACAAGGUGUACACGAAGAGCUCCCAUCUGAAAGCUCACAAGAGAACUCACACCGGCGAGAAACCGUAUCAGUGCACAUGGGAGGGUUGCACGUGGAAAUUCGCGCGUUCCGACGAAUUAACGCGGCACUAUCGCAAGCACACAGGCCAGAAGCCGUUCAAGUGCCAUCUUUGUCAGCGGUCGUUUUCGCGGAGCGACCAUUUGUCGCUUCACAUGAAAAGGCACUGAUAAAGAGGACCGUCUAGCCUAGAUGGAGGGGGAAAGAUGAAGCAGUGAAGAAGAAAAAAAGAAUGGAGAGGAGGAGAAGAAGAUAGGAGAAAAGACCGUUUUGUCCCGAGUGAUCGGGACCUCGAAUCGUGGAUCGUGGACGACGACGACGAUGAUUCUUUUUUUUUACAUUCGGGACCUGAAGAGCCUCAUCUCGAUACUCGAAUCGUUCACAUCGAACGCGGAGAGUCGGAGGCGGAAACUAGGAGAAAAAAAUGAAGAAGCAAACGAAUCGUUCAUUAGGUUUUAUAGAGGUCUAAUGAAAGUUUAUCAUUGCAAUUAUUUGAUGGAUGAUCGUGCGAGCCUG